UAAAAACCAACUUGCAGGAGAGAUGUGCACGCACAUCCUCUUCAAUCACGUUGAGCUGAGAACAAGGAGUCUUUACAAGAUACAUCACACACCUGUAUGAUCAUAGACUGUAUGAUCGAGAAGCAUAAAUCAAGAAGAAGAAAUCCUCCUUCUUCAGGCAUCCUUUGCAUUUGUGGCUGGAAAACAGAAAUGUGAGCGGAUGGGAAACCCACAUCCCACACCUGAUUCAUAAUCAAAAACGUUUCAAGAAAUUAAAGCCUUUAAAACUGGAGCAGAAAGGACAAACUACAGAAUGAAGUCAACAGUCCCAGAUGAACUCUCAGAGUCUCUGUACGAAGACCCGGACGCUCUGUCUCCUGUCUCAGUUGGGAGCGGGCCAGAAGUUAAAGUCAAGCCCACACCUCUACCCAGGAAUAAAUCCUGGGUUAUGCCUAACGUCUACAACAAUCUUAAUGCGAGCAGCAUUUAUGAGUCUCCAAACCAGAGGGCCAACACAGUGAAAGAGCCGCUACGUCGUGACCAGCGUUCUCCAAGUCAGGAGCAGCCUCAGCACUACAUGAAACCUCGGCCUCCUUCCUUACCACCUCACCCCAGAAAUGUGUACUCAACAGCAGAGGACCAGGGGGAGAGUCAUGACAGAAGUCCUGUUAAUGAGUCGGCUGCCAAGCCUCAAACUCUCAGGAAAAAACCUCCUCCUACUCUUCCAAAGCCGCUAGACCGUCCUCCUCCUUCUCCUCUUUAUUAUGAAAGACCCAGUUCUUCAAUGAGUUCCAGAUCAACGUCAUCCAGGGGUUCCUCUAUGAGCUCCUCAACGCUGAGUCUGGUCUCAGCAGUUUUUUAUGAAGAUGCUCAACAAGCACAGGCUACGCGCAGCAUGAACAGACCUGCCUCUUCAUCUCGACGAAGCUCGACCUCGAUGAACAACAUCUCAAAUUCCCAGAUCAGACCGUCACCACCUUCAUUCAGACCACCGCUGCCACCUCUGUCUCCCUCGGGCUCAGCUUACUACAGUGCGAGAGAAUACCUGACCAUGAUACCAGCUGAAGAUGAGAUGUCCCUGAGUGGGUCGGAGCGUCUCGUGGAGUCAGACUACUGGAACUACCAGUACGGCCCAGACUCCAUAUAUCAGCUGAAAGCAGAUGACAUCCCGGACCUGCUGAAAUGGUUGAAAGUUGUGUCAAGAGAUCCUGGUGCCACGUCUCCGUCACUGUAUGGACUCAGUAUCGAGGAAGAAAUUAGCUUAUUUACUGAGAGAGCCAUGAAUGUUCGAAGGGCCCGUCGUCUCUACAACCUUCUCAUGAUGAGGCACAAAGAAGGCCUGCAGAGUUGCAUCAAGGACUUCCAGUCCAUCUGUGAAAAACUGGAACAGGUGAAGAAGAAAAACAAGACGAUGGGGAUUGCUGGAGGAGCGACGGGUGCCGUGGGAGGAGUGGCUGCAGUGGCAGGCGUCGCCUUGGCGCCGAUCACCAUGGGCAUCUCGCUGAUCGCCACGGCCGUCGGCGCCGGUAUGAUGGCGACUGCGGGGGGUUUAGGUGUCCACGCUGCUAAAACCAGCCAAAACAGGGUGAGGCGCACAAACAUUGAGAAGUUGGUGGACAGCUACAAGUCGGAGGUGGCUGACCUGGAACUGUGUCUGGCUUUCAUCCUGUCUGCGAUGAAUGAGCUGCAGCGGUACGACAUGGUCCGGCUGCAGACGGCCCACGCUCACCCAGAAGCGCUGAGGAUGGCCCGUCUGUCCCAGUCUGUGCUCAGGAGCAACGUGGACAGUAGCGGGGGGAUGUCUCUCAACCACCCGGGUGGGGGGACAUCUGCACGCCUGCUCAAAGCUUUUGCCAGUGAAAUGGAUCAGUAUUUCACCGAAGAUAAAGGAGAGAAGCUAAAUAUGUCAAAAAAGAGCAAGUUUUCAGGAAUAGUUCACACUCUGAGCAAAAAUCUGAAGGAACAACUCGAUUAUCUGAUUAAAAUGUGGGAAUUAUUGAACUGAAUCCUGUGUGUGUGUGUGUGUGUGUGCAAUUUGUAAAUUUGUAAAGAAUUUAGAAUCAAGAUUUUAACUACAUGAACCUUUGUGAUGAGAAUAAACAAAUAAAUAACU